AUGGUGGAUCGCUCCAAAUAUUACCUCUUAGGCGCUUUGCUGCUAGGGAUUGCUCUGACGACUGCAUACAACAAAAAGAGGUCGAUAGAAGGAAUAGAUAAUGCAGAUCAACUUCUGGCGCAGCAGCAAAAAUGGCUAUCGCAACUCGCAAAAAUUAAUGACUUGGAAACGUUGAAGAAGAGUUUACUGGAAUUUGGUGGUGGGCACGGCGCCGUCAACAUCAAGGAAGGCAUCGAAGGAUGCAUAGGCGACACGCCCCUCAUCAAAAUCAAGUCACUUUCGGAGUUUACAGGAUGUGACAUACUUGCAAAAGCUGAGUUCCUCAACGGAGCCGGCAACAGUCCAAAAGACAGAGUCGCUCUAAGCAUCAUCGAGAUGGCUGAAGAGAAGGGUCUUUUGAUCCCACACUCUGGUGACACCAUAUACGAAGGCACUGUGGGGAGCACUGGUAUAUCAUUAGCCGCUAUUUGCAGAGCAAGAGGUUACAAAGCACACAUCUGUAUGCCAAACGACAUGGCAAUCGAGAAGUCAGAUCUCCUCCUGAAGCUUGGUGCUGAAGUAGAAAGAGUGCGCCCGGCGCCUAUCGUGGACCAGAAACAAUUUGUCAACCUCGCACGAUCGCGAGCAGAAGAGCACACCGCAAGUUCCGAAAAGCCUGGGAGAGGACUGUUCGCCGAUCAAUUCGAAACGGAAGCCAACUGGCGCGCACACUUCACUGGCACGGGACCUGAGAUCUAUGAGCAAACUGGGCGUCGUGUAGAUGCUUUCGUUAGCGGCGCUGGCACUGGAGGAACUAUCUCUGGAGUAGCGUUAUUCCUGAAGUCCAAAUUACCCGACAUCAGGGUCGUCCUUGCGGAUCCCCCUGGCAGCGGCUUGUUCAACCGCGUCAAGUACGGUGUUAUGUUCGACCCCAAGGAAAGAGAAGGAACGCGGCGGCGACACCAAGUGGACACAAUCGUUGAAGGGAUCGGCAUCAACAGAGUGACUCACAACUUCGACGUUGGUAGGGAGCUGAUCGACGAUGCCAUCAGGGUUAACGACGAGCAAGCAAUUUCCAUGGCGCGCUGGUUGGUUGAGCACGAUGGCAUCUUUGUUGGAAGCUCUAGUGCUGUGAACUGCGUCGCUGCCACGAAACUUGCAAAGACACUUGGCCCAGGACACCGCAUCGUCACCAUAUUAUGCGACAGUGGUGCAAGGCACUUGAGCAAGUUCUGGAAAAAUACCGAACCAGUUGGUGGCGCCGAGAACGAUGUGUCUCUCCAAGCCAUUCUCGACGCUUGA